CCGCCGACCACCGCGUGAGUUCCUCUCUCUCCCCAAUUCCUCUCUCCGACGCGAGCACCUCCGCUCUCCUUGCAGCCGCCGCGACCACCGCUCUCUUUCUCUAAACCUCUGUUCCUCAGCUCCGCUCGCUGUCGAUUUCCUAAACCCUAGCUCGAUUCUAAGGUCACAAGUAAUUACCAAAGAAAACUCAACAUCUACUGAGAAGCUGUGAACUGAAGGUAUGUUGCUUCCCGUUUCAGUUUUCUUGUACUUCUUAACGUUCUGUUACGUGUGCUGUAAUUACAAAUGCGGUGAAUGUUGCCGGUUCUGGAUAUUUGUUUGUUUUUUUAAUUGUCGAGAUUUUUCUCUCUCAAAUCCAACUUUGGUGUUUGAAGCAAGAUAUCCUGACUUUUAUCCAAUCAUUUAAUAUUGUUGUGGGUCCAGCCUAAUAUGAGGUCAAUCAAUCUCUCUGUAUAUAAACUUUUUUUCGGUAGCUAAGUUUACUGCUUUUAAAUUCUAACCACAACAAAAAUACUAAGUUUGUUUUUCUUGAACUUAUUUUCUUCUUUAGGAGUUUGGAAUGGAGGAAACAAAUUCAAAUAGUGUAGAGUUCGGAAUGGGAGAAUCAAGUGUUAUUGGAAGUGAAACUGCGGCCAAUGAUGCGAAUGCUCCUAAACCACUACUAGGCAUGAAGUUUAAUAGUCAUGAAGAAGCUUAUAACUAUUAUAACUCUUAUGCAUUGUUGAUGGGUUUUGGAAUAAGGAAGAGCAGUGUGAAUUACUCUCGCAAGACUAGAGAAGUGGUAGACAGAAAGUUUGUUUGUGAUAAGGAGGGCUAUAAACCUAAUAGUGGCAAGAUAGAGAUCCCUCUUCGGCGAGAGACCCGAGUGGGAUGUAAGGCAAUGAUGCGAGUGAAAUUAUUGGAGGACAAAUCGUGGGAGGUCACGGGGUUUGUUGAAGAACAUACAAAUCAUGUGUUGAGUAGUCCAGACAAAGCAAAAAUGCACAGAUCACAUCAACAAUUCCAUAAAACUCAAAGAUGUAAAAAACUUAUUGAUAGUCUACGAGAAGAAGGUAUGCCUCCUUCCACUAUUUCUCGCGUUAUCAAUGCAACCAAUGGAAGAGACGGUGACUUUGUGACAUCACAACAGUGCAUUGAUCAUAUCAGAACCCAAAGAAUCAACAAUAUUGGUCAUGAAUGCAUAUCUAUCAUUCGACAUUUUCAGAGUAUGACAGCGAAUGAUCCAGAAUUUUAUUUUGCAAUAGAAGUAGACAGUAGUGGACAAAUGAGGAGUGUAUUCUGGGCCGACGGAAGAUCAAGAGCAUCUUAUUUGCAAUUCAGUGAUGUUAUUGUGUUUGAUGUGACAUACAGAACUAAUAAGUUCGGUCUUCCAUUUGCUCCAUUUACUGGUGUAAAUCACCAUAGGCAGUCCACUUUACUUGGUUGUGCAUUAUUAGCCGAUGAACAGGAAGAUACAUUUGUUUGGUUAUUUGAAGAAUGGCUGAAAUGCAUGCACGGCAUUGAACCAGGUGCUAUUAUAACAGAUCAGGAUAGAGCAAUGUGUAAUGCUAUUCACUCAGUGUUUCCAACGACAAGACAUCGUUAUUGCUAUUGGCACAUGCAAAAGCAUAUUAUUGAUCAUUUGCCUACUUUGGUAUCUCGUUAUGGUGAACAGUUUCAAAGGUAUUGGGGCUUGUGGUGCAAUAGUUCUUCAAUUGAACAAUGUGAAGGAUAUUGGGUUGAGAUGAAAGAGAAGUUUGAUAUAAAUGAAGAAGGGGAGGGAUGGUUGCAAACAGUUUACAAAUGCAGAGAACACUGGGUGCCGUGUUAUCUGAAGGACACUUUUUUUGCUGGAAUGAGAUCAAGCCAAAGGAGUGAAAGUAUUAAUGCAUUUUUUGAUGGGUAUGUUAACUCACAGACUCAGUUACACGAGUUUGUGACACAAUAUGAAAAAGCAGUAACUCAUCGUCGCUUAAGUGAAGCCCAUGAAGAUUUUAAGAGUCUGAACACAAAGCCGGUUAUGCUCCUUGGACAUCCAAUUGAGAUCCAAGCUGGAGAAAUGUAUACACGCAAUAUGUUUGAUGUGUUCCAUACUGAAUUCAAAGGAUUUGGUACAGAGUUCUGUGAAGAAUUGAGAAAAGAUGGGGACAUUGUUGAAUACAAGGUCUGUAAGUUUACAGAUAGAGGAAAAUGGGAGGUGGUUACUUAUGAACAAUCCAGACAGAUGCAGUUCUGUUGCACUUGUGCUUUGUUUGAAACUAAUGGUGUGCUAUGUAGACAUAUAUUAUCGUCAGAUGCAGUUCUGUUGCACUUGUGCUUUGUUUGA